GCGAAGAAUUGGUCAUUUUCACACAGUAACAUUUGCCGUAUCCAAAAGCCAAGCUCAAAGUCUGCAGGAGCGGGAAUUCUCUCGGUGCAGUCCGGCGAAGACGUGACGCUGUUCCACAUCGAGGACGGAGCCAAUAGUGGAUUUCAUGCCAACAAUAUGAAAGAAGCCUUCGAUAAUUUUAACCACGUAAUCUGUCCAGGAGUAGAAACAGUCCUGAAAGACAUUAACACACAGCAGUCCCGAAGCAACGGCAACAAAAAAUUGCAUUUAUGUACCGGACAAUCGCUGCCCGUCGUGGAUGUUAUUCUGUUCGAUAUGUUCCUAACAGGAGCCGUGAUGCGGAACAAAAUCCCCGGUAUAUUAUACUACUACUUUAAUUCUCCUCCCGCCAUAUUAUUACGUUGGUUUCUGAUGUUGAACGAUAAAACACCGGUUGUGGCGCUGGAGGAUCACGAUUACUUUCACCGCAUUCCGGACGAAGUCGGCCAGCCUGUGGUCGGGCAGAUGGCGGGCAUUUUGGAGCUAUUUCUGCCGAUUGGUCAGUUUCUUCCGGAUGUGGACGGCAUUGUUUGCAAUUCCUUCCGGGCCAUCGACCAAGAGGAUUUGGAUUUAUUUCUACAGGAUCCGCGGAUGAAGGAUAGUAAAGCCGCGAUCUACUGCUUGGGUCCGUUUAUUCCCGAAGUAAAAUGCACUGGACAGACGGAAGUGGAGAAGUGGUUAGGGGAUAAAGACAAGAGAUCGGUUAUUUAUGUUUCCUUCGGCUCGGCAACGGUUCCACAACCCGAACAGAUAAACGAAAUCGGAAAAGCUUUGUUGAUGGUUGAUCAACCGUGCAUCUGGUCCUUGAAAGCCGGACACGAGCAGCAUGUUCCACCGGAACUAAUAUCCAAUGAAGCGAAAGCUAAAUUUCUGAUAGUACCUUGGGCACCGCAAAAAGAAAUCCUGGCUUCUCCGGCCACCAGCGUAAUGCUCAGUCAUUGCGGAUGGAAUGGAACGCUGGAAAGUCUGAGCUGUGGCGUUCCUUUGGUGUGCUUUCCGAUGUUUGCCGAUCAGCUGGAUAUUGGCAAAAUGCUGGCGCGAAAAGGUCUUGGACAGUUCAUCCCGGGAACGGGACUGAAACCGGAACGAGUGGUUCCAGCGGAGGAAAUUACUGCUGCCCUGAAACAAGUCGGCGAAUUCCGCCACGGUGACCAGGGGAAAUUUCACCAAGCAGCUGCGCGGAUGGAAAAUGAGAUCAAGCUGGCGCUGAGUGACCAGGGAACAUCGACGAAAGAGUUUCACCGUUUCAUCCAGUUUAAGGAAGCUUAAUAUCCAUACAACGGAAUAAUUAACCAGUAUUUUGUGGGGCAUUUUUAAAGUUCUUUUUUAAAUACAAUUAUUGUACGUGUUGGUUUAAGAAGGUGUCGUUUGUCGAGGCGACCAGGUUGAUAUCGCAGUUUUUUUAGUGAAAAGCAACAAUAUUUUUUAGCAAUUCUACAAUAUACUUUGCAUAUAUGCUCGAGCGUUGCGAGUUUAAUCAUAAUCAUGUUGCACAUAAGGUCAGAAACUUAGUAAGAUUAUCAGAGUUCGCUCAUUAUAAU